CAAGAGGGAUUUUAUUCAGAUAUUUUUGCCCCAGAACAAACCGUUUCAGCUAUCGCAAUAGCUGAUUAUCAAUUAAAAAAAUAAAAGAGUUUCGAUAUUUGCUGGAGAAUAGUGUUUGUGUUUUACGUAGAGAGUGACUGCGUUUCAUUGCAUUUAAAUAAAGGGUUGCUGCGCGGAUAAUUGAAAGGGGAAUUAAAAUGUCAGCAGAGCAAAUAAUCGAUUUAGUGAGCGAUGAAAACGACGAUGUGAUUGUAAUUGAUGAUAGUCCAAGAAGAAACGAUUCCAGUGAAGAUGGUGCAUCACCGUCGACCAUGCAGACCGAUCCGGCCGCCAACUUCCAAGAGGUGGAUCUUACUCCGGUUGACAUGGACAUCGGAGAGAAUUCGAUAGAUAACCAAGCUUUGGCCGAAGAGAAGAAGAAUGCUGGUAAUGAACAGUACAAGAUUAAACGGUACGAGGCAGCACUCAGCCUCUACACGGAAGCCAUCAACCUUUGUCCGGAUACUCCGGCGUACUACGGAAAUCGAGCGGCCACAUACAUUAUGCUUGGAGAAUACAAGUCAGCCUUGAGAGAUGCUAAAAUGGCAGUCACUCUGGAUGAUAAAUUCGAAAAAGGUUACAUGCGGAUUGCCAAAUGCUGUCUGUUGAUGGGUGAUUUGGUUGGCACUGAACAAGCUAUCAAGAAAUUCCUGGAGAUCGAUCCGGUUAGCCAAAGUCUGAAACAUGAGCUGCUAGGUCUAAAACAGUUGCGUGACAUCAAUGAAAAAGCUGCCAGCUGCUAUGAUAAGCAAGAUUAUCGGACAUGUUUGUAUCACUGUGAUAACGCUAUCAAAAUUGCACCGGCCAGCAUACACUAUAAACUGUUAAAGGCGGAAUGUCUGGCUAUGUUAGAGCGAUUUGAUGAAGCAGGAGAUAUCGCGAUCAGUAUAAUGCAUUCGAAUUCGACUAAUGCUGAUGCCAUUUAUGUUCGCGGGCUCACACUUUACUACAGUGACAAUUUGGAGAAGGGUUUGUUGCACUUCGAGCGGGCGCUUCAGUUGGAUCCGGAUCACAAGAAAGCAAAAAUAAUGAGAAUCAAAGCAAAACAGUUGAAGGAACGCAAAGAAAAGGGUAACGAGAUGUUCAAGGGUGGUAAAUUUAAAGAUGCACUUGCUGUCUACACCAAAGCGCUCUCGUUGGACCCCAUGAACAAGGACAUCAAUAGUAAACUCUAUUAUAAUCGAGCAUUAGUUCACUCAAAACUUGGUAAUAUUAAGGACGCUAUAGCCGAUUGCAGCUCUGCUCUGGUUAUAAAUGAAAAAUAUAUGAAAGCACUAUUACAAAGAGCAAAACUUCACUACAGUUUGGAAAAUUUUGAUGAAUGCGUUAAAGAUUACGAGAAAGCUCUUAAAUUUGAAAAAACUAUUGAAAUUAAGAAUUUGCUUAAGGAUGCCAAACUGCAAUUGAAAAAGUCGAAGAGGAAGGAUUAUUAUAAAAUCUUGGGCGUUUCUAAGCAAGCAUCGGAGGAUGAGAUCAAAAAGGCGUAUCGUAAACGAGCUCUCGUGCAUCACCCAGAUCGCCACGCUAAUUCUUCCGAGGAAGAGAAAAAGGAACAGGAACGUAAGUUCAAAGAAGUCGGGGAAGCGUACACCGUUUUGUCUGAUCCUGUGAAAAAAUCUCGCUACGACAAUGGUUAUGAUAUAGAAGAUUUAGACCAAUCAGAAGUUGAUCCCCAGCAAAUGUUCCGACAGUUCUUCCAGUUCCAAGGAGGCGAUGCCGGCUUCGGAGGCUUCGGUGGCGGUGGUGGUAGUAAUUUUACGUUCCGUUUUGGCUAAACGGCCGAUAUUCACUGAGAUAAAACGGAAAAGUUGAUCUAAAAUAGUAAUACUUAAGCAAAGCAAAGAAAAUACAAUAGCCGUUGAAAAAUCAAUUCUCAGUUUUAAGUUACAGUCACUGAACAAGCAAAAUUAUGCAUGUCUGCUGUAAACAGCGCAAUUGGUUACAAAUCCUUCCGCUGCACGUUGAUCAUGUUUAGUUUGAUGUUUUCGAAGAUUAAAACUGGAUUUUAGUGAAAGAAUAAUCCGUAUUUUACGCCCCAAGUGUGAUAUGGGAUUAAACAAUUUGGAAAAUUAUAAUAGAACUGGUUUUACCCAUGAAGCAGUUUAAAUAAAACACUUUGCAAUCAAA